AUGAAGUGUUUUCCUGGAUUAGAUAGAGUUUCAGUCAGUAUUAUUUUUAUCGCAAUGUAUCAGCAAAAUGUCCUGUUUAAACCCUACAUAAAAGUUUUUGUUAAUUAAAAGACUAAACAGAAAUUACUUAACAUCUAUGAACUGUUAAUUUGUCGAAGUUUCAGCUACUCAGUAUUUAAGAUGUCUUCAGAGAAAGUGUUGAAUUCUACACUGCACUCUUACGCCUAAAAAUGUUAUUAUUCUUCGAUUUAUUUCCGUAUUAUUGUAAUCGGUUUCGUAAUUUGAGUGUUAAUUACAAGUAUAAAAUGUGGUAUGCCGCUUUGGUGCGAUUUAUACGAAGACGACUUGUGUUGGGCAUAAUAUUUGCGUCUUCACUAACUUAUUGUAUUGUCAGUUUCCUCAGAGAGGGCAGCAGUAGGGGCAUGAUUUACCAAGAUAUUUCAUUUGAAAGAAAGCCUUUUGUUUGGAGAACACUUCAAGAACACAAUGAUACCAUAGAUCAUAUAAUAUGUAGAAAUUCUGUGCAAGGAAAACAAUUACUCGUAGAUGAUAGAGGAUAUGUUUGUUCAAGAAUGGACGUGACUAAGAAUGGCUGUUGUGAUACAGAUGCUGAGUCAACUGAGAGAUACAGUUGUGAAACAUGUUCUAAAAACAAUUGCUGUGUUAUAUAUGAACAUUGUGUUUCAUGUUGUUUGGAUCCCAGUAAGAGGGACAUGCUUGAAGUAGUGCUAUCCAAACUCUCAACAGAGAAGAAUGUGCUCUUCCGAUCACUCAGUGACGAUUAUGAACUGUGUCUAACGAAAUGUCGAACCAGUUCACACAGUGUUCUCCAUGAGAACUCCUAUAAGGAUCCCAUUAACAAACAUUGUUUUGGCGACGAAUUGCCGCGAUCGAGAACGCCGGAUUAGCGAAAACUAUUUAUAGCUUAAGUUAGUAUUUUUUUACAUUUAUAUUCCUUUCAGAUGUAGCUUAUAUAGCGAUAAUAAUUAUAAGUUAGUCUAAAUGAAAUUUUGAACACAUUCAGUUUACAAAAUUGAUUUAAAUAUGGGCUGAUUUUUCAAUGGUCACAACAUUUACUUGAAGAAUAAAUACACACGGUAGUUUCACUCAUUUUUGUACAAAAUCUAUCAUACAGCUUACAUACUUUACUUUAAAAAGUUGCUGACUAUUGAAAAAUCCACCCACAGAUUUAUGUGGUGCCAUUCUAAACUGCAAAGUUGAAGAUCACUUCUAAUGUCUGUGCAAAGCAGGAGUAUAAUAUAUCUCAGUUGAUGCUUAAGUGAUAUCUUUUUCUUAUUUAAUCAUAUAAGUUAAUACAUACUGUAAUAUUUAUUUUAUUCUACUUUUCAGUAUUUGUUGUUAUAGCAGCAACAGAUGCAUCAUCUGUAAAAAUGUAAACUCUAGCUAUCACGAUUCGUGAGAUAGAAUCUGGUGACAGAUGGACAGGGAAGACUUAAUAAUAUGUUCCCUUUUCGGUAGAGAACCCUAAAAAGAAGAAAAAUCCUAAUUCAUAUUUUGUAAGAAAUGCAUGAAUUACAAUUGGCUGACUUCAGUUUUGCAAAUUAGAAUGGCGCCAACUUUAAUGUCAGAUUAAUUAGUAAAGUGAUAAUUUUAAUGGCAUCAAAAUUUUGAUUAAGAAUGGCUUACUCAAGUAUGUCCAAUUAAUGAAAAUUAAAUCGAGGGGAUGGUUAUGUAUUCUCCAUUUUUUAAAGACUGUGUAUUGACUGUAUGAAACGAAAGAAAUAUUAGCCUUUUUUAAUAAUUAUUUUUAACGUAAUGCCAGUGAACAAGGAACAAUGACACCAAUUAUAUAAUAAAAUAUUUAAUACUUUAUUAAA